AGAGAGAGAGAGAGAGAGAGAUGGGCAUGGAAAGAAUGGCGCGGUUUUGGCUUCUCUUUGCUGCUUCAAUGGUAGCAGGAGUGGCGGGGUUUACAAAUGAUGGCAAGCAAAACUGUAGCUACACGGUCAAGAUUGAAACCACAUGCACCAAAGGAGCAGAAACCUCAGACCACGUCAGCCUAAGAUUUGGAGACGUCGAUUCUCACGAUGUCACGGUGCGACAUCUAAACUCGAAGCAUGUAAGAAGAGUGGACAAAAUUGGAACCACAGUUCUUGAUGACGUGCCAAGGAGGCCAUUCCAAGCAUGUAGCAUUGAUGAGUUCCAAGUAGAAGGCCCUUGUGUUGAAUCUACAGUAUGCUACCUAUAUCUCAAACACAUAGGCAAAGACAAUUGGAGACCAGGUCGUGUUCAAGUUCAUGUUGCAGGAAAGCCUGGCUUUUCUUCCCUGCCUUUCUACUUUCGGAGAUUUGUCCCUGAGCACGUGUGGCAUGGGGAUGACAUGUGCGACACACAAGUGACUCCUUUCGGCAUCAGGCACACAAGGAAGGUGCUCUCCAAGAAGCCCAAAACAAGAUCACCAUAAAACUGUUUCCAAUAUUUAUAUGGAAGAUAUGUAAUUUUCUUAUAUUUCGUUUUAAACAGCAAACUGGUUAAAUAGGUCCAAAGAUUUGGCAACCUAGUUGGUUUGCAACAUAAUAGAAGACAUGACAAUGAAUAAGGAAUUUGUCCGGAACUUCUUCAUAUAUUCUCUUAUUGGAGAGAGAGUUUUUGCACACCUUAUAUACUCAAUUUGGG